ACCGCAGCUCUUACAGCAGGCUGCAAGCACAUCACGACACCACGCACGCGAGCGCAUAAACAGAGACACUAUCGAAAUGAUGGAGGAGAACCGCCUUUUCCGCUUCCCUAAGCCAGCGUGGCUGAACAGCGCAAACACACGAACCUUCGGCGUCUACACUGCAGGAGCUAUGUUUGCGCUCGGUUUCUACUCCCUCAUCGACGUUGCAGUCUGGUCCAGGUCGAUCAAGAACCCCUCCGACCCGCCCGUUCACGUCACGUUCAUCGACUGGAUACCCGGCAUCUGCUCCGUCCUGGGCAUGCUCGUCAUCAAUUCGAUCGACAAGUCGCGGUUGUCUGCCGACAGCUUCAGUUACAGCGGUAACGGUGUUGCGUGGAAGGCGAGGCUGGUGCUGUUCUUGGGCUUUGCGCUGCUGGCGGGCGGGCUGGCGGGGAGCGUGGUGGUGCUGGUUAUGAAAUACAUUGUGCCGGGCUAUGUUUGGCCAACGAUCUGGAUGGGCGUUGGGAAUGUGGUUGCAAAUGCACUGGUUAUGCUAAGCUCUGCGGUGCUUUGGAUUGCGCAGAAUAUGGAGGACGAGUACACGUACAACUUGGCGCUUUGAGAGCGUUCGGCAAACGAGUGGCACACGCGAGCAUGACAUAGCAUGCGAGGCUGAGGACGUUGAAGAGAGUUUGGAUGUUUAUGAUAGCGGGUAUGCAGGGUUGAUGUCUUGUUAUUGCUGUAUGCAUACAUUUGGCGCGUUUCUAUGUUACCGAUACCAGGACGUGGUAUCAGGCCACACUGUCGAUUCAAUUAACGAUAAUUCCGGCGUAAGCCAGUCAAUAGCAUGCGGUCUUCCUAACAUACCC